GAACAGUCUCACUAUUCGAUGAACUAGGGUGGGCCAGGGAACUCGUAGCUUAUGCACGCGCACGAGGCAUGAAAAAGGAGGAAAGUCAUUACAUAGGAAAGGAGCACACGCCAUAGAGGAAUUAUCAUGUUAUGCCUGGUAAUUCUGACUUCAGAAGAAAGAAAAGAAGUCAUCCCAGGAGUGUGUGUUUUCUCAUAGGAGAAUCCAUCCUCUAGUAAAGUUAGCUUUCAGCACAUAAAUGUCAGUACGUCACUCACCACCUAGCUAUUGUAUUCCAUCCCACUCAAGUACCACUUAAGAGGAUAAUAACUAAGUAAAGGCCGGUUAAGAAAGAGUUGUGAGAAGAAUUCUUCAGUCAAUCCGGCAGCCAGGCGUCCUUGUAUUGCUUGUAGUUUCGGCAGGGAGGGCGUUGUAUGGUAUAGCUAGUAGAGCUGUCCAACCCAGAAAGCAGUGAAUAAAGAAAGAGAUCCCCAUUCUUGAGAAGAAAGAGUCUGAGGAAAUGUAGUAAGGUCAAUCAUGGUGAAUGAACACUUACUAUAGGAAAUCAAAGAGUUGGAGUUGGGAAUUCGAUCUAUUAAAAAGGCCUGUGCCUUCUACUCUGGACGGGGAAGAAGCCGUCAAUACUGGAUAGUUUUAAUCAUUGACUAAAUGGAAAGUACGGUACUAGUUCAGUGAUAGUGCUGGAAAACUCAGAUGCUACACACAUGGGCUAGAAAGUAUCUCCUUUAUGUUCUUUACAUUUACAGUUGACCGACUCAACCCACAAAUGUUUUCUACUGGAAAAUUUGCCUACUUAUCAGACCUUUUCAGCUGGAGCUGAGCGAGGAUUCAUAGACUUGAAACAACUCGGCACUCGCAUCUGAGAAUUAUCGUAUAAUAGAUAGGCCUGUGGAACUCCCCCGAAUAAAUGAGCGACUCGCCAGACUCGAACUGACGUAGGUGAUAGAUAGAGUCCUUCUUUCCAUUUUGGAUUGAUAAAGCGUCAGGCCCAAAGAGCUCUACAGUAGUGCCUUGCGAGGUCGUAGACCCGGUAACCCAUCGUUCGCCUAAGAUCGAAAAUGCUUAGUCACAUCACUCUUCAUUCAGUUCAGUCCAUUUGCUUAACACAUGCAUGUCCAAAGAGAUGGCGAUGACAGUCUCUCUCUUUAAAAUCGAGAUUGUGUGGGUGUUCAGUCUACCGCUCAUGUUCACGUUCUCAAAAUAUGGCUUUUCGUUGGGAAAAAAAACUCCCACGCCACAACAAAAAAAAAGUCUCCCUUUCUCUUUUCGGGAUUGGGAGCAGGAAAGAGUUUGUUAUUCGCUAUUGGCUUAGUACGGCCUAUACAUAAUAGGGCCAUGACACAACGGAUAGCGGACGGAAGCGAGGAAGGGGGAACCCUACCGACCGCAUGCCGAAAAUGCAUUUCUCCUUUGAAUUACUCAUUGAAUAAAAUGGAAUUUUUCCAAUGUUUUCCCGUCUCGAACUCCGCUUCUCUAAGAUCCUGGGUAAGAUCUUCUUCUUACACGCUGAUCUUUUAGGGUUAAAAUUUCUUAUUUUUUUUUUCAUAACGCUCUUCUUGGGUGCUUUUUUUUGGCCACGUUAUCAGGCGCGGACUAGUCGCUUUUUCACUAUUUUUUUGACUGUCUUCUUAGCGCUAUCAUCUUUCAUGACCGCGGCGGAAUGUAUGGAUAAUAAUAAUGAAGCUCCCCAUCCCCAGGUUCCUGCCGCCCCACCUGCGGGACUAGAGGAAGAUAUAAGGGGCACCUUACUAAAUAUAGUGAGCGAGCCCGCGGGGCCACUCGAAUUACCAAGCAUUAUAAGAGAAAUGAGGGGCUUUUUCUCCCACUACGCCACCGGUGGGAGAAAUCCUUCCACCCGGAACAUUCAGACUUGGUUAGCAACAGAAUUUUCGAUAGACCAAUCCCAAACGGACGAAAGGGCGGCAAUCAUCGCCGCAAUGCAAGAAAUAAAAGAAGAAUACCCCCCGGAUUCUUUAUCUCCGGGGCAAGCUAAGGAUCAUCUUUAUAAUAGAAUGAACACCUGGCUAGAUGCCAGGGGCAGGGAGAACCUGAAUUUGCGAAAAACGAGUUGGCCUCCAUUGAGUUAGUUAGGGGUAAGAGGGGACGGGCCCGUAUAGAAAGUAAAUCCUUCUUUUUCCGAUAUGCCGCUCCGCAAGCAAGGAGUGCCACGCACGAGCGGAGCGAAAACUAAGCAAGGGGAAUUCCGUCAUUCCAUGGAAAGCAUGCGAAAUCCUUUGAUUGUUUAUAGAAUCAAAAUCACUAUAUAGUCUUUCUUGUUCCACUUGCAAGGCAAGGAAAAAUAAAAUGUCAGUUUCGUUAUUACAACCUUAUUUUUUUAUGUCAAAGACAAAAAGCUACGCGCAAAUUCUCAUUGGAUCUCGGUUGUUCUUAACAGCGAUGGCUAUUCAUUUAAGUCUUCGGGUAGCACCACCAGAUCUUCAACAAGGUGGAAAUUCUCGUAUUUCGUAUGUACAUGUUCCUGCGGCUCGGAUGAGUAUAGUUAUUUAUAUCGCGACAGCUAUAAACAGUUCCUUGUUCCCAUUAACAAAACAUCCCCUUUUUCUUCGCUCUUCCGGAACCGGUACAGAAAUUGGUGCUUUUUCUACUUUGUUUACGUUAGUGACUGGGGGGUUUCGGGGAAGGCCUAUGUGGGGUACCUUUCGGGUGUGGGAUGCUCGUUUAACUUCUGUAUUCAUCUUGUUCCUUAUUUACCUGGGUGCACUGCGUUUUCAAAAGCUUCCUGUCGAACCGGCUCCUAUUUCAAUCCGUGCUGGACCGAUCGAUAUACCAAUAAUAAAGUCUCCAGUCAACUGGUGGAAUACAUCGCAUCAACCUGGGAGCAUUAGCCGAUCUGGUACAUCAAUACAUGUUCCUAUGCCCAUUCCAAUCUUGUCUAACUUUGCUAACUUCCCCUUCUCUACCCGUAUCUUGUUCGUUCUGGAAACACGUCUUCCUAUUCCAUCUUUUCCCGAAUCUCCCUUAACGGAAGAAAUAGAAGCUCGAGAAGGAAUACCACUAAAAACCUAGUUCGCUCUCAAAUAAAAACCUAGUUCACUCGCUAAAGCAUCCAUGGCUGAAUGGUGAAAGCGCCCACCAACCUAGAAAGGCAAAAUGGGUCAAAAAGUAGGUUCGAUUCCUGCCGGAUGCACUGCCUCUUAAAGACAGAAACAGAGGAGGGAAAGAAGGUAGUAUAGGGAACUUGCUUUUGGAUUCUUAUCGAAAGUGAAUCCCUCUAACACUUCAGUUAGUGUUUUAUGAGAAAAUCUUUGCAGCCUAGACACAACAAGUGUGAAAAUCUUAGUCACUAGGCAAGAAUGGAAAGAAUUUAUUAUUCUUUCCAUUCUUCCAGAUCAUUCU